GACUCCGGCCUUGGUUCAGAUCUCGACUCUGUAGAAAGCACAUCUUUAGCCUCUUCCAUCUUCGGAUAUAAAUAUGAGAAUGGACGCCGAUAUCACGCCUUUCGCGAUGGAGCUUAUCUCAUGCCAAACGAUGCCGAAGAACAAGACCGAUUAGAUCUUCAUCACCACAUCUACCGGCUUGCGCUGGAAGGCGCCUUACAUAGAGCCCCUUUAUCUCCCAACAUCCAGAGAGUCCUGGAUUUCGGCUGCGGAACUGGAAUCUGGGCGAUAGAUUUCGCGGACAUAUAUCCUAACACAGAGGUGCUCGGCACGGAUCUAUCGCCGAUUCAACCAGGCUGGCUUCCACCGAACUGUAAGUUCUACGUUGACGAUGUCGAGAGCGAGUGGACCUGGGCCGCAAGUGAGGCUUUUGAUUACAUCCACGGCCGAGGAAUGGGCGGCAGUGUAGCAGAUUGGCCACUCUUGUUUUCGAGAGUAUACGAACAUCUGAAGCCAGGCGGCUGGAUUGAGAUGCAGGAAUAUGAAGCUUGGAUUUCUUCGGAUGACGAUCCGGAAUUGACGAAAGCGCCGAAUGUCAAGUGUUGGCAGGAAUUGAUAGAUCAGGCCUCUAGUCAGUUUGGAAAGAGAAUGAAUGUCGCGGCUGAUCAAAGGAAGUGGAUCGAGGAGGCUGGGUUUGAAGAUGUGAGGGAGGAUGUUUUAAAGAUUCCGAUUGGAACUUGGGCUAAGAAUAAGAAGCUGAAAGAAGUUGGGAGGUAUCAGCGCGAGCAUAUGAUUCUGUGUGUUGAGGCGUUCUCCCUUGCGCCUUUGACCAGGGUCCUUGGGUGGAGUAUGGAUGAGGCUCAGGUCCUGAUGGCGGGCGUGAGGAAUGAGUUCAAGGACCCCAAAAUCCAUCUCUUGACCAUCUUCCAUUUUGUUUGUGGACGAAAGCCUUGA